AAAGAAAACCCCACACCAACGGGAUGGGGUAGGUAGACGAGAAACCCCACAACUGUCCCCAAGGCUGCUCCUGAUGUUUUUAUUGGCGCUAUCUGGGGUGAACAUUCGUUAUUUUUCUGGCUGGAACUCUUGUGAGGAAGCUUCUGCUCCUGUCCGGAACCGAAACGUAGCGACGAGAACCAUUUCCGGAUCCUUCGUCGCUCGCUUUGAAUUCCAUCUCUCAGCUGCGAGGUUUUUUAGCCUUCUGUUCCUCACCAAGAGUAUGGGAAGGCGGCGGCAGUUCUUGGAGGGUGCAGCGCGACAGCUGGCGGGCGCGUGUCCGCCUCAAGCGAGGUUUUUGCUAUGGACUCUCAGCAACAUAGAAGGCAAAAACCUAAGAAGUGAAGAACAAGUAUGUCCAUACUGCUUCCAGUUUCUUCUCCCUGGUAGCUACAGAGUGCGUCUAAGGUCCAAAAUGAAGGUGACUCCACAGAUACAGAAACUGCUUAAUCUGGAAAAGAAGUACUACAAACUCAAUUUAAAACAAACCAAGCUUCUGAAGCAGUACAAGGAAUCAAAGAAUAUUUUGAUAAUCACUUGCAAUGUGUGUAGGAAAAUUACAAGGCGUUAUGGGGAAAACAGAGUAUAUUCAAACGUAAAAACCUCAACUGUGAAGACUCCAACAUCUUCAAACAAAAAUGUGCCAUUCAGCUCCAGUCAUUCUGGAUCUAAAAGAGGGAAACAGUUGUUCAGAACUUCCACAUAUGAACAAUCAACACCUCAUUCCUCCUCAGGGACUCCUAGAAAUACCAAAUCACACUUCACUCAGUUGAAAAGGCUGCUUACCCUUGAAGAAAAUAAAAAAAGCAAUAAGGGGGACUUGAGAAACUUUUUGUCAUCUCUUUAAAAUCUUAACAUAAUUGAUGUAUUAUCAUUGCAGUUGAGUAAAAUAAAAAUCACUGGUCUGCUUUUCAUAGGAAUGGAACAAUACUAUGCCUCCCUAAAAACAGAAUUUAGGGUAACUCGCAAGCCACUUAUGUAGGAGCAGAUAUUUUGCUGCCUCGAUAAAGGACAACAUGUUUAUAAAUCGCCCAGGACUAGUAGUAUAGAAACAUAACUCACCUUCCCCCAGCCCAAUCUGUGAGUGGAUUCUCAACAUCCUCAGACCAUGCUGCCAAGGCAGCGACACACAAGCAGUCUUGGAUUGUGUCUCCAAGCCAAGAAGUGGCGGCAGGGGCGUUCCUAGCUUGCACCAGGUGGGGAAAUGUGUGUCCCAGCAGGACGAGGAAUGUAAAAUAAACAGGAGGGCGAUGGCAGUGAGGCCAUUUGGAUGGGACCUCUGGUAAUGGUGGUGAGCCUGGCACUUGCUUGCACCCUUCUUUGUGCUCAUGCCUGAGGCAGCUGCCUCACUGUGCCUCAUGAAAAGGCUACUGCUGCACCUAUGCUGCUAUACUGCUUUCUUUAGAGAGUUUGGGAGUGGGGGUGAUACAAACAAAUUCCUUAUGCAGUUGCAUGUAAAUAGAUCAGUUCAUGCUGGAGGCUUAGUGGAGGUUUUACCACUCCUUGCAUUGCUUUAAAAUGCAAUGCUUCACACUUACAUUGCUUUGGUUUUGUACUGUGUUUCCCCCUCAGGAUUCUACUAAUUGGAAAAUGUUAAUUGUAUAUAUUUAUUCAAAAGUUGUAGUAAAUAAAGCUAUCUACUUUUUCAAAAA